AUGAUUCGAAGAUCGCGCUUCACUACCAGCACCAGCAAUGUUAAUAGCACUAGCAACGGCGACGAUCAAAUGCAAAAUCAAUUGCAAGUGACGAGUGACUCGUUUUCCGAUUUCGACGAACGCGCGUCGCUUCUGACAUCGAUUUCUCGAGUGGUCGCUACGAGUGUGGCAGCGUCGACUACGAUGACUGACACUCAAUACGACGACGAAGACGAUGCCAUCAACACCGACGUCGACUUGCAGGAUCUGCCUCCUACUUACUCGCUGCAGUACAGAAUCGUCUAUUGGACUUUUGUCUCCUUUCCCACUUUGUUGACAGACUUAGUCCGACUGACUGUCUUUGUAGUCCUGCUGGCUCCUGCCUUCUUUUCAUUCUUGAAAUUCUAUUGCACCUGUGACAGAAAGGUCCUAUACUACAAAAAGGCUUCCGAUACCAGUAGAUCCAUACGGAAUCAAAUGGAUAUCUACAGCACGAUUGAAAACAACUCAAACAACACGGACAACCUCAAGCCAGUCCUCAUCUUCUUUACAGGAGGAGCUUGGGUCAUUGGAUACAAAAUGUGGGGAGCCUUUCUGGCAAAGGUAUUUGCGGCCAUGGGGGUCGUUGUCGUUGUUCCGGAUUACAGAAACUACCCAAUCGCCACUGUACCGGCCAUGGUGCAAGAUACAGAACAAGCCAUUCAAUGGACACUGGACAAUGUCCAUCUAUAUGGAGGAGAUCCUACCAAAGUCAUGUUGGCGGGACAAUCCGCUGGAGGACACUUGGCUUCGGUUGUGCUGCUGCAAAAGGCGCUCAAACUCGUCAAGGGAGAACCCAUUACGGGAUUCAAACCCACCGAUCUACUGGGAUUCUGCUCCAUUUCCGCUCCUUCUGAUGUACAAGCCAUGGCCACUAACUUUCAAAAACAUGGACUCGAUCAGUCAUUUGUUCAGUCACUCUUUGGAGUCAAGGCCAAUUCCGCUGUUUCCAUGGAUGACAAUGAUCCACAGAGAUUGGUGGAAGAAUUGCAGAGAAUCAUGGAAAACAACAAAUACAACGGAUACAGCAGCAACGAAGACGCGCACAACACUCCUGCUGCUACUACUAUUCUAUCCAUGGAUCAAGUACUUCCUCCCAUGUCCAUCUUUCAUGGAACAGCAGAUCAAACGGUGCCUUUUGAAGUCUCGGAACGAUUCGCUUCCUCACUACAGGAUGCGGGAGCCCAAGCAGAAUACAUUCAAUAUGAUGGAUGGUCACACACGGAUCCCAUUCUAGAGGCCAUUAUGGAGGCGGAUCAUAGAUUCCACUGUGAUUUGUACGACAGACUUUAUCAAUCGAUACAAAAGAAGAGAAACAACAGCAGCAGAGAACAACUGUCGUCAAGCAUGCCACCCAAGUUGGAUGAUACACUGCCAGAAUGUGCGCAACUCUGCCCUUCGCCUCUCGUCAAGGCGGCCAGAUUCUGCAAUCCAUUCUAA